UUCCUCCACAGUUUAGUUUCACUCUUUAGUUUCAGUCAAUGUGAUACCGUGACUCCCGUAAUUUUUUUUGCCAAGACUUCCAUUAUUAAAAAAGUAUAGUAGUCAUCAAGUGAAGUCAUUUUUAUCACCCAAUUUCCUCUGUAUAUCAUCUUCUUCAUGCUUUAAUUUCACCUACUUUUCUACUUACCAUAGACUUCUUUAAUAAACCAUUACCCUUCUUCCUUUAGCCACAUCCAUUUUCUCAUUUCCUCCACAUGAAUUCCCAAAGCUUUUACUUGUUAUCUUUGCUCACUCUGUUUUCCUCCCUUAUACUAAUUCAUGUACCUCGAGGUUCAAGUAAUCCCGAUGAAUUUUACCAGACUUGUGGGAAUACAUAUAGCUGUGGCGAUAUUAUGGGAUUAAGUUAUCCUUUUCGCAAUAUGAAUGAUCCUCCCUACUGUGGCUAUCCUGGUUUAGAACUCAACUGCAAUCAGGAUAGCAGCACCACUAUGAUCAUCAACAAAAUCAAGUAUCGAAUUUUGGACGUACGUCCCACAACCCAAACAAUAAGGAUUGUGAGGGAGGAUAUCAUGGAAUCAACCUGUCCUGUUUAUUUAGUUAACACCACUCUGGAUUACUCCCUCUUUGAUUAUGCCACUAGCUACACAAACUUGACCUUCCUAUACAACUGCCCUGUUUCGUCCAACUUUGCGGAAAUGGAUCAUAUCGCUUGUCGAAAUAGCAAAUAUGACAAUGUUUUUGUAUGGCCGGGGGCUCAAGGCCCCGGGAAAUGUAAUGCUAGUGUCACAGUUCCAGUACUCCAGAUGACUGAUGCUACUGUAGGGUCCAUGAAUUCAACAAGUUUGGCACAAGUUCUACAACAAGGGUUUGAUAUAAGAUGGAAAAUGGAUAGUAAAACCUGCAGUGAGUGUACUGACACAAAGGGGAGAUGUGGGUACAAUGCUUUUAUGAAGCAAACAAUUUGCUUUUGUCCUAAUCCUCCGUACGAAUCUGCUUCUUGUUCAGUUGCUGCUUUUGGAGUCUCACCACCUUUACCAAUAUCUAGACCAUCCCCUGCAGAAAGUCGAAAGAAAAAUCAGACGCCACUUGCAAUAGGCCUUGGUGUAGGUGGUGCUGUACUUGCUGGCAUUGGCAUUGGAUGGCUAAUCUUUUUCUGCAGACAAAAGAGAAAGCGGAUUGCAGCACAGGCUUCACCUGUCCAAGCCGAAAAGAAAGACCUUCCAGUUUUAAGUUCAAGCAAUGGCCUGACUACUUCUUCUCCUAAUUCUUCAACCACUUUCACUAGAAGCAUUCCCUCUUAUCCCUCUUCCACAUCUGAAGCUGAUUAUGGGAGGGGAAGCUCCUACUUUGGGGCUCAUGUCUUCAGUUUCGCUGAACUUGAAGAAGCCACGGAUAAUUUUGAUCAAUCUAAAGAACUUGGGGAUGGUGGUUUUGGCGUCGUGUACUAUGGCAAGCUCCGUGAUGGUCGUGUGGUAGCAGUCAAGCGCUUGUAUGAGAACAAUUUCAAGCGUGUAGAGCAGUUCAUGAAUGAAGUUGAGAUUUUAACUAAGCUCCGCCACCAGCACCUCGUGACAUUAUACGGGUGCACAUCAAAGCGAAGCCGAGAUUUACUGCUUGUUUAUGAGUACAUCUCAAACGGGACAGUGGCAGAUCAUCUGCAUGGAAAUCGGGCCAAAUCUGGUUUACUCUCUUGGCCUGUCCGAAUGAACAUAGCCAUUGAGACUGCUGAUGCUCUGGCUUAUCUGCACUCCUCAGUUAUAAUACACCGUGAUGUCAAAACCAACAACAUUCUAUUAGACAAUGAUUUCCAUGUGAAAGUUGCUGAUUUUGGGCUAUCAAGAUUGUUCCCAGAUAAUGUCACACAUGUCUCUACUGCUCCACAGGGUACACCAGGCUACGUUGAUCCUGAGUACUACCAAUGUUACCAGCUCACUGAAAAGAGUGAUGUUUAUAGUUUUGGUGUGGUCUUGAUAGAGCUGAUCUCAUCAUUGCAAGCUGUGGAUACCAACAGGCACCGCCACGAUAGUAAUUUGGCUAAUAUGGCUGUCAACAAGAUCCAAACUCAUUCAGUACAUGAAUUAGUUGAUCCAAGUCUCGGAUUCACGACAAACAGCUCUGUGAGGAGGAUGACUACAUUAGUCGCUGAGUUAGCUUUCCGAUGUCUGCAACAGGAGAGAGAUAUGAGACCUUCAAUGCGAGAAGUGCUGGAGACUUUGAGAGGCAUCCAGAAUGGGGAGUCGAAUGCACACAAGGCUGAGGUACUCGACAUUGUGGUAGAUGAUGUUGGGCUCCUAAAGGGCUCGGGCUCCCCUUCCUCACCACAUUCCAGUGGAUGAAAUAUCAUUUCAGGUUGGUCGAUUUCGUUGCCUAGAUGAAGAAGCAACUACUAUUUUGAUACUAGUGAUUAGUAACAUGGUUCCGUUAGAAUCUCCCGUCUUUUAUGGACACUUCGUUCCUAAUUUUUGCUUAGAUGUAGUUAUCUUGGUAUACUACGAUAUGGUCUCUAGGAGAUUAUCUACUGCUGUUCGCAUAAGGAAUGUAAAUAUUGAAUGGAGCUGCCAACAUUCUAGUAUAUAUGUGCUGUAAUUUUUAUGUA